ACAAAACAAAAACUCCUCUGUGGAGUGCUGCGGCGAGGCAAGUGUAAGAGGCAGAGCGGUGAUGACAGAGGAGAGGUGUGCCAAAGUGGAGCAAUAUGUUGGUGAAAUUAAAGGUGGCCUGAGACCAGCCAUGAAACUCACAGUCAUAGGGAUGGUACACUCCAACCCAAAGAGCUUUUCAGUGACUCUGCUCUGUGAUCCAGUGGAUUCAAACAAAGAUGUUGGGAUGUUAUUUACAGUUAACUUCAGUGAGAAAUCCAUCACCCGAAAUGCACGAAUUGGUGGGAAAUGGGGAAGAGAAGAGAAGACUAUUCCGUACUUUCCAUUUACAGCAGGCGAUACGUUCAAGAUGGAGCUCUUAUGUGAACACCAGCAAAUACGCGUCUUGCUUGAUGGACGGCAGCUCUGUGACUUCACUCACCGCAUUCAGCCUCUGAACUUGGUGAAAGCUUUGCAGAUCUCAGGGGAUAUCAAGCUUACCAAAGUGGCUUGAAAAAAAGGAGACUACAAUAUCACCGGAGGACAGAGGAAAAUGUAGCUUUUCCUGAAUUGAAAGGUUUCAACAGCCAUGGAUUUCACAGUCUUCUCUGGACCAGGCCUAGGAUAUAGUAUCUGUAGCUGAAACUGCAUUGACCAUUUUUGUAUAUAAUUAAAACUGCAUCUUUGCUGGCAAACUUCUUUAA